AUGCCUAGCAUGUGGUUGACAGAGAACCAGAAGAUCGGUGUGAUUUUCUGCUCAGCUGGAGGCUUGUUCCUACUUGGAGGAGUGGUGAUGUUCUUUGACCGGUCAUUACUCGCCAUGGGAAACAUUCUCUUCCUUAUCGGCCUGACCUUGAUCAUCGGUGUCCAGAAGACUAUGGUUUUCUUCACGCGCCCACAAAAGCUCAAGGGCACUGCUGCUUUUGCCGCUGGUAUCCUCCUUAUCCUCUUCCGCUGGCCCUUGACUGGAUUCUUGAUCGAACUAUACGGCUUGUUUAUUUUGUUUGGCGACUUCCUUGUGACAAUUGGUUCUUUCGCGGGUAACAUCCCCGUGGUAGGGCCUUAUAUCCAGCGUGGGCUGGAAAUCCUCGCUGGCGGGAGGAGCAAUGCUGAGCUUCCUGUAUGA